GGCAGCGGCGGCGGCUCCAUGCGGUCGGAGCGGGAGGCCGGGCCGGGGCCGAUGCGGGGCGGCGGCCGUGACCAGUGGCCCACGGAUAUCCCGCUGCGACGGGAGUCGCCUCGCCGCGACCCGGACCCUUCGCCAAACCCGCCGCCGCCGCCGCCGCCUACUUCUUCCCCCCCCUCCCCGCUGCCGCCGCCGCCGCUUCACCCGGCGCCGGGGAAACAGCGCGAGGAGAAAAAAACGGCCCUGAGCAAAGUAGUUAUUCGACGGCUUCCUCCUUGUCUAACCAAGGAGCAACUGGAGGAACAGCUACAUCCUCUACCUGCUCAUGAUUAUUUUGAGUUUUGCACUGCUGAUCCCAGCCUUUAUCCUCAUCUCUACUCAAGAGCAUACAUUAACUUUAGAAAUCCUGAGGACAUCCUUCUUUUUAGAGAUCGCUUUGAUGGCUAUGUCUUCAUUGACAGUAAAGGUUUGGAGUAUCCUGCAGUGGUUGAGUUUGCUCCAUUCCAGAAGAUUUCAAAAAAGAAGCUGAAGAAGAAAGAUGCUAAAGCCGGGAGCAUUGAAGACGAUCCAGAAUAUAGGAAAUUUUUAGAGAGUUAUUGUGCUGAUGAAGAGAAAAUCUGUGCCAAUCCUGAGAUUCUUUUGGGAGAGAUUGAGGCCAAAACAAGGGAACUCAUUGCUAGAAGAACAACACCCCUUUUGGAAUAUAUUAAAAAUAGAAAAUUAGAAAAGCAGAGAAUACGAGAAGAAAAAAGAGAAGAACGAAGGCGGAGAGAAUUGGAGAAGAAACGUCUGAGGGAGGAAGAGAAAAGGAAGCGCAGAGAAGAGGAAAGACGUAAAAGAAAAGAACUGGAGAAGCAAAAGAAGAUUUCUGAAAAAGAAAUAAGGAUCAAGCUUCUUAAGAAGCCUGAAAAAGGAGAUGAGCUGGCCAGUGAAAAGCACAAAGAUAAAGGUGAAGAAGCUGACAUUGAAGAAAACAAAUGGGAUAAAUCACCUGGAUCUGGGAGUAUAAAAUCCAAAUCAUUGGAGGGUUCACUAAAAGAACUUAAGGAAAAGACCGCCCGGCCAUGCAGCUGUACCAGCCAGGAGCUCGCAUUCGGACACAUACGGCAUCUACAAGUAAAACCUACGACUGCAGCGCCAAAGCCUUUGAAGAUGCUCUUGAUAAAAAGUAUGAGGCAGAUCAUUCAGCCGGAGGUGGUUCUGAGAAGAGCGAAGAAGCAGAAUAAAACAAACUGGGGGUGUGGGGGUGUGGGGGAAAGACUUGCAAAAAUGGAUGAAGUUAAGAUUCAGUGUCAUCAUAAAAAAUCCAUAGGGCUGUUUCCGAACUCCACAGGUGAUUGCACCACUAAAAUCGUAAUGGUUCUGCCUCUCUACUUUCUGUAAAAUAAAGGGAAGAGGGACUGAAGACGUGUAAAGUAUCUUACAGCGAAGGAAAAUCGUUGCUUUUUUACAAAAAGCAGAGCAAACGCUCUUUGCCUAAUUUAAAAGCAGUUCAAUGUUUUAUUAGAUUUACCUUGAAAUAGAAAACCUCUAAGAGCUUUAAAGGAGUAUUUCUAUAAGACUUUUUGGAAGCUAUUUCACCUUUUCAAGUCUCAAGCAACAAAACAUAGUUGAACCCUGAGGCACUUUCGAUGUGUUUGGUCCCAGGACCCCUUCUGCUGCUGUGGGGGUGGCUGGGGGGGCUGCAGUGGGGCUGGGUGGGACCGUCCUUGGGAGGGAGGAAGCUCUGGAGCCAGGAGCGUUUGCAGGAUGAGGCCCAGAGUUUGCAGAGCUGUGAGGGAAGGUGCGUGGGUCUCUGUACCUCAUUGUGUUUACAUUGUUUUUCAGUUCCCUAUAGCGUCAGAUUAAGUGUUAGUGAAGCUACGAGUACAUUGUUGGAGAGUUUGAUGUUUUCUGAGCCACUUUUGCCUUUUUAGUUGUAAUAGAUUCUUGUGCUUACAACAGAAAAAAAGCUAACACAAACCUCAGCACUUAAACAAUAUAUCCGUUUUAAUAAAUUAGCUGUUUUUUAUGUUUUUGACACUGACUUUAAAAAAAAAAAAAAGUGGUUGUACAGUGAUGAAUUUUUAUAAGCUAACGUUUCAUAUGAGUUGCAGUUGCAGGAUUUGGAAAACUGUAUGAUUCAUGAAUGUUCUGCAGUUCUAUUUGUUAAAAAAAUAAACACACGUGAAUGUCAAUUGUAAACUACCAUUUUGUAAGAUCUAGGCCCAAUUCUGCCUUCUGCUGCCGGCACACACAUAUACAUAUAAGUGUAUAUAUAUGUAUAAUGAUAGCCGCAUGUUUACGGAAAGACAGAACAUGUUCAUUUAUCUUUCACAGCUGUAAAUUUCUCAGUUGUCUGAAACCGAGACCUGCUUUGUCAUUGAAGUUAAAUAGUAAGAUAUUAAUUUAUUUUUACAUCCUCUUUGAACAUUUUGUUAUUGAGCAUAACAUCUGAUUGUUCUUGACUGAAAAAUUAUUUAUUGUAUUUUCCAGAUACUAAGCAUUAAAUAGAAUAAAAGCAAAAAGAUUUUGACUAUGA